CUACAACAAACGUUUCGUCCGGGUGAUCUUCCCCUCGAAGGGUGAUUUGAAGCAUUUUUAUUGUAUUAAAGCGUGCACAUGAUAUACCUCACUAUUAAAAGAAAGGUGUCAUGAAUGAGACACUGUACCUCAACUUGGUAACUUGCAAAAUCCGCGGCGCCAUUAUCAUUUUAUUUUGGAAAUCAUACGUAGGGCCUACUGGAAUUAGAGAAGGCGGGAUGGUCAUGAUAAAUGCAUCAAUACGUCAAUUCUAGAUUUGGAUUCUUGCUGAAAUAAUUGCGCUGUUGGCUUUCCGUAGCUGAGAUCGACUUGAAUCAAAACGUAUUACUUAUAUUUUUAACCACAUCAUAACAGGAAAGAGCCUUUAAAAUUUCGUGGAAGCAAUAAUCAUAUUGAUUACACUUUUAAAGUACUUUCGAUAUCACGAGUGGAUGUGCAGCCAAUCUUUUCACGCUGAUUUUUUUUGGUAUAUAUACACAUUCUAUCUAACAGGAAUGGGUAAGUUUUGUUAAGAUUUCAGCCAGCAUAAAAGCGAGUAUUUAUUACCAGAGACAUCGCUUGAACUUUUGUUUUAUAUUUUCAUCAUCGGGACAUGAACAUUAUUGAGGAUAACCAUGGACAUCACCUUUUGUCUCUGGUUCUGUUUUCUGCUUUAUUUUGGAAGUUGCAAUUCUAUAAACUUCUGUGAAUACUGCGAAUGUGAUUCAUCCGAAAUAUUUUGCGUUGAAGUAAACUUUAAUGAAGCCUUAAACCAUUCUGUUCCAAGUGCAGUCUCCAGUAGCGCGAAAUACCUUAAUAUCGGCCCAUCGGACGACACGGUGAUAUUGGCGAAUGAUACACUGAACGUCUUUCCUGCCUUACACUCUCUUAGGAUUCAUACAUGUCCAGUCGCCUUCGUCGGUCAGUUUGUAUUUGAAAAACUUUACCAUUUAUCAGAUAUUUCUUUGGAAACGAAUGGUCUUCAUGAAAUACCAGGAAGAGCUCUUUCCAAGUUAAGAACCUCACUGCAUGAGCUCCAACUUGUAAAUCAACAUUUUCGGACCAUUCCUUCAGAUGCAUUUGGAGAAUUAAGUAACCUCCGAUCAUUGACCAUUACCUAUAACACAAACCACCUGUAUAUAUCACCGGGUGCAUUCACUGGCCUUGUAAACUUAACAGGCCUUUACUUAUCUGCUUGUUAUAUUGGACAGAUCCAUAACACAACGUUUUGGGGGUUGACCAAACUGCAAGAAUUGGAUCUUAGUUACAAUCUUUUAGUAGAAAUACCGCCCGCAACACUCACACUAAAUUCUCUCUUAAAGUUGGACCUCUCAUACAAUACUCUCUUAGUCAAUCUGAUGGAUCUAAUAAUCUUGAAAAAUGCGACCAGACUGCAGGUACUCCAAAUGGGAUACUGUGCCAUCUCUGAAAUAUCACCAACUGCUGUUGCUAAACUUAAAGGUUCACCAAGUCUUACUGUCGCGAAUUUUGAUGGGAACCCGUUUAACUGUACCCUAGAUCUUUGUUCCUUUGCAAGUUGGUAUGUAAGUCUUCCAGGGCCCGCUAUAACUACAAGAAGUCCUAAUUUUAUCCCCUUUAUCACAUUAAGUCCUCCUCCGGGAAAGGGUCCAUAUCAGUGUGAAAGCAAUGGGCAGUCUCUACAGGAGUUCUUCGGUGAAUCAUGUUUACCCGAUCCCGGGCCGUCCACUCUUCCUCCUAACGAAAUGCAGUUGCAUCUCGUGAUACUUUCCGUUGCUAUUAUUAUAGUCUUGUUCGUCGUCAUCCUUGUGUCAUUUGUUGUAUGGAAAUUCAGGUUGAUAAACAUUUAUCAUCGCCGCCUAGGAAAUGCCUUUCAGCGCCAGGCCAAUUACGGAGCAGUUGAAGAUGUUGACCGUGAAUAUGUCUUUGAUGCCUACGUCAGCCACCACGAAGAUGAUAAACCAUUCGUCGAAGAUGAAAUGCUCCCUCGCCUCGAAGACGAAAGCGGCUUUGAUCUCUGUGUCUCCUUCCGAAAUUUCCGUUUGGGUUCCCAUCUCCUGGAUAACGUGUCUUCAGCCCAAGAUGCCAGUCGGGCCAUCAUAUUCAUCAUCAACGAACGCUUCAUGCGGAAUGGGCAAUGCAAGCUGGAGUUGGAGAUGGCUUCCACGAGGAUGCUGGAAGACGAAGUGGGUCCUGGAGGGCAGCGUAUCAUCCUUAUCAUGAUGGAAGUCAUUGCCCCCGAAUUAGUGAAUAACACUUUGCGGAUGCUUCUGAACCAUGUUGCGUACCUUGAGUGGGAUCAUGUGGCCGAGGACAGGUGCUGGGGACAGCUCAUUGCGACCCUUCAUGCCUUAGUGCCGGAUAGAAACGAGGAGAAUGGUGAGGGUGUCGACCAAGGCCGUGAUGACGAAAUUGAAAUGGUCGAAAACGAACAUGAUGAAAAUCGAAUUGUGUGAUAAUGCACGGACCUACUACAUAGGUCCAUGAUGACAAGAAUUCAAUACCCUAGUGACAAAACAUUUAUAAAUGAAUACAGGAGACCUUUGUGUACAUUUUGUUGGCUCGAGUUCGGUUUGAUUUGGUGGGUAAAUACGAACAUACACAAUGCGUUCUUUCACUCUGUGAAAACUCCCUUUCAAAAUUUUAAGCACGUUCUUUAAGCCCGUCACUGUAACAACUAUUGUGUAAAGUUAUAAGCAAGUAGGUUAAAAAGUUUAAACAAUUUUUUUCCUUCAGAAUAAUCAACUACUUAUUAGAAUGAAGGAUCUAAAUCGUGCUAUUCUUUAUUGUGUAUUCUCUAGGGCACUUCCCUGAUUCUCUCAAUACAGUGUUGUUUCAAUGUAAAUAGUUUUGUUACAUUAUUACAUCCCUGAAGAUGGAGAUAGUUAAAUAUAAUCUCAAUUAUAUUCUCCUUUUUUGCUUUACUUUGUGUUAAACCAGCUUUUAAACUCCUUUUAAUGCUAUUAAGUUGUAAUAAUAUUUCGUAUUCAAUGACAAUCCUUAUUUUUUCAGAAUUUAAUUACAACCACUGUUUAAGGACACCAAUAUACUUUGAAUGCAUGGGUGUCGAUCACGGGGGGGGUGGGGGGGAUAUAUCCCCCCCAAUAUUUCAAGUGGGGGGGAUGGCCUGUAUUAUCAUCCCCCCCCCAAUAAUUCAGGGUAGAAAAAUUGUAAUAAUGAUGAUGAAAAAAUGAAAAGUUUGAUAAUGAUGAUUAUAUAGUGAUGAUUAUAGUAUGCCAUCAAUCAGUUUGUUUCCCCCGCAAUUUGUGUAUAUUGUUAUUAAAUAAAAAAACAUUCUUUUCCAGGGCUUUUAAACAGAUGGGUGGAGGUUCAAGAUGAAAAAGAAUGAAAUUAUGAAUGAAAGUUUAUGUACCGGUAUAUGAUAUUUUUUUAAACACAUGACAUAAAAGGACCCCGCCGAAAAAAAACUUUUGUUGAUAGGGUGUUCCAUCCCACCAGUGGUGAAUAAAUUAAUUUUAAGAAAUCAAUUGAUUAAAAAGGGUGGAAAAAUAAAAGGGUGGCAAGAUAAACAGGGAAACCUCCAUGGACGUAAAUCCUAGAGGGGUAGAUCUUGAAAAAGUACAACAAAAACAACUUUUCUCAGAUUUACCCCUCCCCACAUGCAAGUGCAUGAUGUUUGUCCCAUUUAAUCUACAACCCUUUUGAAUAUUAAACAUUUUAUCAUGUGACCCCAUCAGAUACCUCUCAUGAAAAUAUUGAGGUUCAGUGAGCUCAAUAUAAUAUGAUCAUAUUUUUACAUUUUUUUAAUAAGUGAAAUCAAUUAAUGGUUUCAGAAAGAAUAAUCAUUCAUUUCUCUCUAAAGCGUAUCUUCGGAUAUGAACAUCGGAGGGUUUUUUUCCCCAUGUUAUUCUUGUAAUUGUUAUGGACUUGAAUAACUAAACUUGGUUGAUUUUUUCUUAUUUUGGCAAAAAAAAAAUCUUUUUUGAGUUUGGAAAGGGAUGACAGUUUUGCAUUCUAUAUGAGCACACUCAUGCGGUAUGUUAAUUUCAUUUUAACACAUAUAUUAGCUGAUAUUACACACUGAUGAUUCAAGAAGAUGUUGGAGAAAUAUCAUAACAUGACAGUUGAGUUUUGAUUGUUUUUAUGUUUGUUUUGUUUCAUGCACUUAUAAAAUAUUUAAAACGUGUUAAAAUCCAGGGUAAAAAUCGUCUGACGGUAAGCCCGAUGGCGCACGAGAAGCCACACAGUUUGUAAUUUGUGCUAGUCUUAAUUUGUCCGAAUCUGCAUUUUAUCAUCACGCAUUAAGAAGAAAAAAAAUAUUGCCAGUCGGGUUAGAUUUAAGAGAGAAGUUGUUUACAUCAUGCUCAAUAAACAGAUCACUUUGUACAUGGU